CACACACCACGAGUUACCCCUCCCACAUUGUAACUAUGAGCCAGCCAUCGCUAAAGCACGCUGUGCUCGACGGCAUAAAAAUGCAAUGCUUGUCGCGGCACGGCAUUCAGUUUUGCGUGAGCCGUGGUGCAGUGAACAUUGGAGACCAUCAGCAGAGAAGAAAAAAAACAUCACCAGCAGCAGCAGUAGCAGUCGCAGCAGCAAUGAAACUGCACCGUUGGCAGUAAGAAGCUGCACCGCCGGCAAGAAGAAACCGUUUCGGUGCCACAAUAAAAGUAACGUGCCCGCAGCGGAGCGCAUCAGUCGCUACCAAACCAUCAGAGUGUGAAGAUCACAGUGAAUUAUAAAUUUGAAAUACAAAGAGAAACAGUGUAAAUAAAAAUGAAAGUGUAAUUAGUCAUAGUCUCCGGUGUUUGCGUCCGACCGCCGGAACAUCCAGUCCUCCAUCUCUGCCGCAAUAAAAAGAGUAAAUAGAGUUUACAAGAGAAAGCCUUUCUCAAGGCUCAUCGAGUUCAAGCGGUUGCUGCUAGCCAUGCUAGUCCAGUCCAGCUGCGACGUUGGCUUCAUGAGGCGAAGCCAACCCAAGGAGUCUGGCCCAGUUGCCCUCCUGGGAAGGAACACAGCGGUUCCUGCUCCCACCCGGCUCGGUUCCCGCUGGGAACGCGAGCACCCUUAUCGACCGGCGCAUUACAGUCCACUGCAGCCCCAACAUAUUAAUUGGUCCUUCGAACCGGAUACUCAAGUGUGUCGAGUGUCCGGAUGUGUCAUCGUUCUGGUGGAAAAAUCCACCAUCGUUUUGGUUCGUCAUCCGACGAAUGAACAUCGUUGCUGCGCAGUGUGGAUUGGAUGUGAGGGAUCGGAAGCAAACACGGAGAAAAUUCGAAAAAAGUGAGCAAAAACAAAGACUAAAAAGCGAGUGAAAAUUAACGAACUGAAUAAAAGUGAGUGAAGUUAUUAUCAAAGACAAUAAGUGAGAAAAUGGCAACAACAAGAACGCCAAUCAAGCCGUCCGCCAAGGACAACGAAGCUGCGGAAGCAAUACUAAACAUGUUGAUCCAUAUGCGUGGCACAGCACAGGGCAACGUCACGCGUAUCAAAAAUAUUUUGAAGCAAGUGUACCAGACUGAGCUCACUCCUGCUCAAGUGAAGGUCUACAUCAGGAAGGUGGAAACUGCUUACACCGAGUACCACCAAUAUCACCAACAAGUUAUGGCAAGUAUUCCACCCAACCAGCGAGAGGAUCAAGAUGUAAAAUUCCUGCAUUUCGAAACGCUACACGAAGAGGUGUCAACCAUUCUCGAAACCUGGCUUGAGAAUUUGACCGCACCUCCACCGAAUCACCUUCAACAAGCGAUGCCAUUAGCUGUAAAUCAACAACCCGUCGUGAUCCAGCAGUCCCUUCCUCGUGUCAUUCCCACGUUUGACGGGAGGUACGAGAACUGGGAAAAAUUCAAGAUCAUGUUUCGAGACGCUGUGGAUCGCACCAACGAAGUACCGCGAAUAAAGCUGUAUCAUCUUGAGAAAGCUCUCGUUGGUGACGCAGCAGGAUUGAUCGACGUAAAAACAAUCAGCGAUGGAAACUACGAGCACGCCUGGCAACUAUUGGAAGAACGAUUCGAGGACAAGCGGCGAAUGAUUGACAUUCAUAUCGCUGGCUUACUUGGUACGAAGAAAUUGCAGGAAGAGGAUUACGUGGAGCUACGAUCGCUGGUCGAGUCCAUCACUGGUCACGUGCAGAAUUUGAAAUUCCUCAACCAGCAGUUCACCGGAGUAUCGGAGCUAAUCGUCAUUCAUCUGAUCGCUCGUGCGUUGGAUGCUACAACAAAGAAGCAGUGGGAGUCCACCAUCAAGCGUGGAGAGCUACCUACCUACGAGACUACCAUCCAAUUUUUGAAGGACCACGUCUCAGUUCUGGAGAGAUGCCACGGUUCUUGUGAAGAAUUCGGAUUCCAACGACCGACAGCGAAGCAACCCAUAGCAAAACAAAUCAUUUCAAAAGUCAACGCAGCAACAACGGCGGAUCAACGAUGUGAGAUGUGUGGAGAAGCUCAUCCAACGUUCAAGUGUUUGUGGUUCAACAGCCUCACUGUGAGUGACCGGCUUUCCAAAGUCAAGGAGAAAAAUGUCUGCUUCAACUGCUUGAGGCGUGGACACAGCGUGAAGAAUUGCCCUUCGAAAAAAUCGUGCUUCAAGUGCAACAAGAGACACCAUACGAUGCUCCAUUUGGAGAGCCGUACCAGUUCACCGCGGCCUUCUAGUGAAGAUAUUGCAAAGAAGUGCCCCCCAGCGAUGCCGAAUCCUGUGGUUCCGGAACCAAGCAAGGUUUCACAAUUCAACGUGGAUGCCGAUCAUCAGCUCUCGGUAACAGCAGCACACUCCAACAACCCGAAGAAUCCAGCGAGUCAGGUGGUGUUGCUCACCGCCCUCGUUGAUGUUUUCGAUCAUCAGCAACGUCCUCGUGUGUGCAAAGCUCUGCUAGACUGCGGUUCCCAGUUCCACACCGACCGAACUGAAGUGACAGCAUCUCGCGGCAUGCAGAAUUUGCACACCACACCACACACCACGAGUUACCCCUCCCACAUUGUAACUAUGAGCCAGCCAUCGCUAAAGCACGCUGUGCUCGACGGCAUAAAAAUGCAAUGCUUGUCGCGGCACGGCAUUCAGUUUUGCGUGAGCCGUGGUGCAGUGAACAUUGGAGACCAUCAGCAGAGAAGAAAAAAAACAUCACCAGCAGCAGCAGUAGCAGUCGCAGCAGCAAUGAAACUGCACCGUUGGCAGUAAGAAGCUGCACCGCCGGCAAGAAGAAACCGUUUCGGUGCCACAAUAAAAGUAACGUGCCCGCAGCGGAGCGCAUCAGUCGCUACCAAACCAUCAGAGUGUGAAGAUCACAGUGAAUUAUAAAUUUGAAAUACAAAGAGAAACAGUGUAAAUAAAAAUGAAAGUGUAAUUAGUCAUUGUCUCCGGUGUUUGCGUCCGACCGCCGGAACAUCCAGUCCUCCAUCUCUGCCGCAAUAAAAAGAGUAAAUAGAGUUUACAAGAGAAAGCCUUUCUCAAAGCUCAUCGAGUUCAAGUGGUUGCUGCUAGCCAUGCUAGUCCAGUCCAGCUGCGACGUUGGCUUCAUGAGGCGAAGCCAACCCAAGGAGUCUGGCCCAGUUGCCCUCCUGGGAAGGAACACAGCGGUUCCUGCUCCCACCCGGCUCGGUUCCCGCUGGGAACGCGAGCACCCUUAUCGACCGGCGCAUUACAGUCCACUGCA